CCUGUUUCGUCCGGUGGUAAGCGUGCUCUUGUCUCUGUCUGACUGUCUUUGUUAUAUAUUUAUAUUUAAAUAUACUGCAGAGAAAACUCUGAGCGCUUCGUUGUUCAUUAUACAUAAAUUAAUAAAUUGGUUAAAAUAUGUCAUUUCGUGGACGAGGCGGUGGUGGUAGAGGUGGUGGAGGCCGAGGUGGUGGAUUUAGAGGAAAUAAUCGUGGAGGUGACAGAAAUAGAGGGUACGAUCAAGGUCCACCAGAAUCUGUAACAUCUUUAGGGCACUUUGAAUGGUCAGUCCAGGAUGAUCUUGUAGCUAAAGUAGAUAUUGAACAAGUUCCAUUUUUUAAUGCUCCAAUUUACACUGAAAAUAAACAACAAAUUGGAAAAAUUGACGAAAUAUUUGGCAAUAUUCGGGAUUAUUAUGUUUCAAUAAAACUUUCGGAAAACGUAAAAGCUUCAAGUUUUGAAAAAAAUUUUAAGUUAUUUAUCGAUCCAGCUAAAUUACUACCUCUUCAAAGAUUUUUACCAAAGCCACCAGGAUCAAUUGAGAAACGAGGUGGUCGUGGUGGUGGAGGACGAGGAGGUAGAGGUGGUGGUAGUCGUGGUAAUAGUCGAGGAGGAAAUAGAGGAGGCGGUGGUGCCGGAGGAUUUGGUUUUGGUGGUCGUGGCUCUAGAGGCGGUGGUGGAGGUGGAUUCCGUGGACGUGGUGGAUUUGGUCGAGGUGGAAAUAGUCGUGGAGGAAGAGGAGGAGGAAGAUGGUGAAUAAUAUUUUUCAACAAAAUAUUAAAAAUUUAUUUUUUCAUCUGGCUCUUUAUUUGAAACAAUUUAUCAAGUGUAUAUUUCCUAUUAAUAUAAUAACAAAAAAUAUACAAUAAUCAUCUGAUCGUUUUUAUACAUUUUCACAAGUAUAGUAUAAAUGAAAUAUGAUUUAAAUAAAUAAAAAAGGAAAAAAAAUUU